AUGAGCUCGGCUAGCAAGGUAGGAGAGAUCUUUACAGCUGCUGGUCAAGCAUUCAGCAAGCUGGGAGAAUUGACCAUGUCAUUACAUCCUACAGCCGAACCCAGUCCAACCAGUGGAAAAUGGACGGAACAGGAGAUAGAGUUACUCAGAGCUUCUGUGAAACGAUUUGGUGAAGAUUUGAACAAAAUCAGUGAUGUCAUAAAAAACAGGACAAUGUCACAAAUCAAAGCCCAGAUUAAGAGAAAAGCAUAUGAAGAUGCAGGCUUACAACCACCCACAGAUACCACACCAAAGAAAGCUGUCACUACCCAGAAGCACACACCCACAGAACAGCCACAGCCAAAGAAACAAAGGUCUUCGGCGGAGGUCACUCUCAGUGCGCUGAACGCCCCCGAAAGUGAUGUGGAUAUCGAGGGUUUGGGUGAAGGAACAGCCUCUAAGAAACUAGAGUUCGACUCUGAUAUGGAUUCCAACUUCUUAUGA